AGCAACUUCACUUCAUCCUCAGCAUCAUCAGUCCGGGAGAUGUUUAAACUGCACUGAGGAGCAUUGAGCCUGAAUGUGAGGUUUUACUGUCACUUCUGUUCACGGUGACAGAAGACCCGGAUAUUCUUUCUCUCGUGUGUAAAAGUGUUUUUAAAAUUGAAUUAUUUUAAACUGAAGGAGAACAUUGUUGUUUUUGUUUCUUUUUAUGCACACUGGAUGGACUUCAAGCUCUUAAUUUUCACUCAUUAAAUGGAUUCAGGAGGUAAUUAGAGAUUUCAAAUCACAGCACGUUUCUCCAUUAGAGGACUUUCUUUGUAUAUUUUUUAAAGACUGAUCCGGAUCCGAUCUCGUGGCUUUGGCGGACUCUUCCAGCUGAAACGGCUUUAAUGGAAACAUGACUAAAGCUGCAGCCGGACCGGUUCUCCCGCACAGCCUCUUCCUCCUACACCUGCUCCCCCUGUUACUGCUCCAUGCCUCCCCGGUGAGUCUCUCCGCGCUGCCCGGACAUCCUACGCGCUUCUUCGGACACAUAGCGGAGAACUCCCCGGCCGGGACGCCGGUGGACGGGGUGCUGCUGUCGCUCGGACCCAGCGGCUGCCCCGGAGCGGACCUGCACGCCAGCCUGAAGGGGGAUUACGCGUCUGAUUUUAGGCUCGUUCAUCACCGAGGACACCGGAAUCACCGGGGGCAUCUGGGUCUGGUCUGCGCCAAAGCUUUGGACCGGGAGUUCAUCGCGAUGUACGAGCUGACGGUGGAUCUGCCUCCGCGCUGCAUGAAGAGUGCGGCAGCCGUCCAGGUGGAAGUGUCAGACCGGAACGACAACAUCCCGAUGUUCACCGGCGGGAACCAGACCGUCGAGGUGGACGAGCUUACGCCGCUCGGCACCGAGCUGGCCCGUUUUGACGCAAAGGACGGAGACGCAGAGAGGAACGGACGCGUCACUUUUUACGCCUCACCGGAGUCUCACCUGCUGCACGUGGUUCCUCAGACCGGGCAGGUGAGGCUGGUCGGGUCCCUGCUCGGGGUCAGUCAGGUGACUCUGCGGCUGUACGUGAGGGACGGCGGGGACGUGGCGCUGACAGGUGAGCCGGUGUUCCUGCGCGUAAAGGUCGGCAGCUCUAGCAGAGCGCGGCGGAAGCCCCGGGCUCUGUCCGAGGAGCUCACCUACACCGUGACCGUCCCGGACCACGUCAGAGUCGGGGACAUGGUGUUCACGGUGCCGGAUCAGAGGUUCGAGCAGCGCCGCUUCGAGGUGAUCUCUGAGGCGGACUCUCCGGUCCAGAUCGAGCGGGACUCAGGGCGUCUGUACCUGGCGAGCAGCCUGCGGGAGCCCGCCGAGGUGACGGUGAAGAUCCAGAACCUCCGAGGUGAAGAGUGGUACCUGUGCAGGCUGACUCUGAGCAUGCCCAGUCAGGCCGACCUGCAGUGGUCCAUGUUCCCCUCCCCUUACCUGAGCGCUGUGGGUCCAGACGCCUCGGCUGGGUCUGUGGUGUACCGACUGUCGGCACGGCAACGAGACGGGACGCUGGGACAGGUCCAGUACUUCCUUCUGGACGGAGGGGAGGAGUGCUUCGAGGUGGACCGCCGCUCAGGUGAGAUCAGGACAACGGGACGACCUCUGACGCCCAGUAAGGAGUACCUGCUGCAGGUGCAGGCGGUGGACGGGCGAGGUCGUAAAGGCUCUCCGGCUGCGGUUUCCAUCCUGGCAGGUUAUCGUCCGCCUCAGUUCACCAACUCCACCUACACCCUGAACGUACCGGAGAACACCGCUGUGGGACAACCUGUUGCCGAGGUCCAGGCCGUCUCCUUCCAGAAGAAGAGUCUGUCCUACAUGCUGCUGGUGAACCCCGGGAAUCUGUUCAGCAUCAACCAGGAGAGCGGAGCGCUCAGCCUCACCAGGACCGUCGACUACGAGAGCGGACACAACCUCCACGCGCUGCAGGUCCGCGCCUCCGAGCUCAACACCGGCCUCAGCGGCGUGGCAGAGGUUGUUGUUCUUAUAACGGAUGAAAACGACUGCACGCCAGAGUUCCUGCACGCCAUCUACACCAGAGACAACAUACCUGAGAGCAUCGCACCCGGAACCUCCCUGCUGCAAGGUAACACACACACACACACGCACACACACACACACACACACACACACACACGCACACGCACACACACACACACACACACACACACACACACACACACACACAGAGACACACACAGAGAGGCUGAUCUCUGGAGUUGGUUCUGGUUAAAUAUUGGCCCUCGGUCAGUGAACACAUCACCAGCUCAUUCCACCUGUGGUCACCUCUUCUGUCGCUUCUCUGUCUCGCUCCUUCUCACCUUCUCUCUUCACUUCAUCCACUUCUCUCAAACUUUUCUCUUCUUUCUACUUUUCUUUUCUUUUCUGUACUUUUUAAUUGCAAUCAAUCUUCACAUUUCCUUUACCGUUCUCUCUCUCAGGUAUAAGACCUUCCUAAGUGAGGAUGCCGGUCCUGACACGCUGGUCGCCAUCGUUCACGCCAACGACCCGGACGGAGACGCCGUCUCUUACGCAAUCACCGGUGGUAAUGAAGACAGCAACUUCCUGCUGGACAACCAGAAAGGAAUAAUAAAGCUGAGGAGGAGUCCCCCUCCGAGGCUCCGAGGACCUCAGUACGUCCUCAACAUCACCGCCACGGACGACAACGCCUCCGGUGGGCCGUACCCGCUCAGCAGCUCGGCCCAGGUCAUCGUAGGAAUCAACGACAUCAACAACAACAAGCCCGUCUUCCAGGAGUGUCAGAACUACAGUCUGAACGCCGUGGUCCUGGAGAAUCUGCCUCCGGGGACGUUUGUCCUGCGAGUCCAGGCCCGCGACGCCGACAUGGGCGUCAACGGGGAGGUCAAGUACGGCAUCAUGCACAGAGACGGCGUGUCGUCCGGGUUUGACAUCGACCCUGACACCGGUGUGAUCACCACGACGGCGAGCUUCGACCGGGAGCGUCAGAGGGAGUUCACGCUGUCGGUGACGGCCACAGAUCAGGCCGAGGAGCCGCUCAUAGGGAUCUGUCAGAUCACCGUCCUCAUCGCCGACCAGAACGACAACGACCCAAAGUUUGAGAACAGCCGCUACCAGUACUUCCUGCGUGAGGACACUCCCGUCGGGACUAGUUUCCUGCGAGCGGCGGCACACGAUGACGACCAGGGGAGCAACUCGGCCAUCACGUACUCUCUGUCCAAUCAGAAGCCGGCUUACCUGCACAUCAACCCCAGUACGGGCUGGAUCUACGUCAACCACCCCAUCUCUCAGACGUCCAGGAUCAACCAGCAGAUCGUGGCGUCGGAUGGAGGAAACCGCAGCAGCUCCGUGGAGCUCACCGUCAUCAUCACCAACGUGCACAACCAGCCGCCGCACUGGGAGAAGCCCGAGUACUGGGUGACCGUGCCGGAAAACACCGCCAGAGACGCCAAGAUAGUGACCAUCAAGGCCACGUCCCCGCUCGGUGACCCCCGCGUGACCUACAACCUGGAGGAGGGUCAAGUCCCGGAGACCAACAUGCCCGUCCGGUUCUACGUCAAGCCGAACCGGGCCGACAGCUCGGCGUCCAUCCUGGUGGCCGAGAACCUGGACUACGAGACGACUCGCUUCUUCACGCUCAGGGUCAGAGUCCAGAACGUCGCCGCCGUGCCGCUCGCGUCCUUCACGACCGUCUACGUCAACGUGACAGACGUGAACGACAACGUCCCUUUCUUCCUGUCGUCCACCUACGAGGCCACGGUUCCCGAGGGGGCGGAGAUUGGCACCUCGGUCGCUCAGGUGUCGGCAACGGACCUGGACUCGGGUCUGCACGGCAAGAUCCACUACGUGAUCCUGAAAGACGAGAGCGGGGACUCUCAGUUCUUCAGCAUCGACUCUCGCAGCGGCGUCAUCGUCACCCGAGCGUCCUUCGACCGCGAGCAGAAAGCGUCCUACCUGAUCGAGGUCCAAUCGCAGGACGGCUCCGAGUCCUCCAGACCGGGUCAGCAGGGGCAGCCCAACACCGACACGGCCUACGUCAGGAUCUUCAUCACGGACGUUAACGACAACGCGCCGGCGUUCCCCCAGCCGGUCUACGAGGUGAGCGUAGAGGAAGACAAGGAGGUCGGCUACGUCCUCAUCACGGUCACCGCCAACGACGAGGACGAAGGUGCCAACGCUAAGCUGCGUUACCAGAUCACCUCGGGGAACGCCAUGGGCACCUUCGACGUGGAGCCCGAGGUGGGCACCAUCUUCGUGGCUCAGCCGCUCGACUACGAGAUGGAGCAGCGCUACGAGCUGCGGCUGGUCGCCUCCGACGGGAAGUGGGAGAACGAGACGCUGGUGGUGGUCCAGGUGGGCAACCGCAACGACGAGGCGCCCGUCUUCAGCCAGACCGAGUACCACGCCGCCGUGACGGAGGAGCUCACGCAGCUUCCUGUCUUCAUGCUCGAGGUUUCGGCCACAGAUCCCGACCAGGAAGCCGACCAGACCGCUCUACGAUACUCCCUCCACGGCCAGGGCGCUGGCGGCGAGUUCUCCAUCGACGAACGCACCGGAAGAAUCUACUCCCAGAGACGCCUGGACCGAGAGGAGAGGGCGGCGUGGAGGUUCCUCGUGCUGGCUACGGACGAAGGCGGAGCGGGACUCACGGGAUUCGCCGACGUGCUCUUGGAGGUCAAAGACGUCAACGACAACGCGCCCUUCUUCCCGUGUCCGGCGCUGGAAAUAGACGGGUGCUUCGUCGGCCAAGUGCCCGAAAACUCUCCCGCCGACACCUCCGUGAUGGAGAUGCGAGCCAUGGACCUGGACGACCCCAACGAGGGCAAGAACGCCAUGCUGACCUACAGCAUCAUCAGGAACGUGCGCAACGAGAUCAACCUCAACCUGUUCUCCAUCAACGCCAGCACGGGGACCAUCUACACUGUGCUGCGCUCGCUGGACCGCGAGGCCGAGGAGCGGUACCUGGUCGUGGUGGAGGCCAGGGACGGAGGGGGUUUGGCGGGAACGGGGACGGCCACCAUCUUGAUUUCUGAUGUCAACGAUCACCCGCCGGUCUUCACUCAAAGACUCUACAGCGCUCAGGUGACCGAGGACCUGGAGGUGAACAGCGAGGUCCUCGUGGUUUCCGCCACGGACGGAGACGAGGGCGAGAACGCCGUGGUCACCUUCAGCAUCGUCGGUGGCGACGAGGACAGGAAGUUCUUCGUGGAGACGGACAAAGCGAACCGACGCGGCGUUGUGAAACUCAAGAAGAGGGUCGACUUCGAGAAGCCCCAGGAGAGAACCUUCAACCUGACCCUGAAAGCGGAGGACGCCGACUUCUUCGGCCUCGCUCACUGCCUCGUCCAGGUGGAGGAUGCCAACGACCACGCCCCCGUGUUCCUCCCGCAGUUCUACGAGUCGCCCGCCAUGUCUGAAGACGUUCCUGUGGGGACGAUCGUUGCCCAGGUGACGGCGUCGGAUCUGGACUCGGGCCAAAACGGACGCUUCUCUUACAGCGUCGCCAAAGAGUCGGACCCCUACGGUCAGUUUCUGGUGGACCAGUCGGGCUGGGUGGUCGUGGCGGACGCUCUGGACCGGGAGAAGAUCUCACAGCACAGGAUCGUGGUCCUCGCCGCAGACAGCGGGAGUCCGUCUUUGACCGGUUCUGCCAUCGUCAUGGUAACUGUGCUCGACAUCAACGACAACGGGCCGGAGUUCGAGGCCCCCUACAGGCCCGUCGUCUGGGAGAACAUGGCGGCGCCCCAAGCGGUUCAGAUGAACGACACCUCCACGCUCCUGCACGCCACCGACCGGGACACCUCCGCCAACGGGGGACCAUUCUCCAUACGACUCCUCAUGCUCACCUCGGACGCCACCAACUUCAAUCUGACCGACUUUCGGAACGGGAGCGCCGCCGUCACCGCCCUCCGGACCUUCGACCGCGAGCGGCAGAAGGAGUACCUCCUCCCGAUCCUCAUGAUCGACAGCGGCUCUCCUCCGAUGAGCUCCACCAGCACGCUGACCGUCGUCAUCGGCGACAGGAACGACCACCCUCACUCACCUGGACACACCAGCUUCGUCGUCUACAGUUAUGAAGGUAUCCUCCCGACGACGCUGCUCGGACGAGUUCAAUCCCCCGACCUUGAUGACUGGAGCGAGAAGGUGUACCGCUUCGAAGGCAAACCAUCCAGGUUGUUCAGUCUGAAUCAGAGUUCUGGUCAGCUCAGUAUCAGAGAGGGGACUCCUCCCGGCUCGUAUCACCUGCAGGUCCGAGUGUCCGACCUCACCUGGCCUGACGUCACCUCCACGGCUCAGGUGGAGGUCAGGGAGCUACAGCAGGACGCCCUGCAGAACGCCGCGUCCAUCCGCAUCAGCAAUCUGACGCUGGACGACUUCUUCAGGAGCGUUGGCGGUGAGGAGAGUCGGUUCGUGCGUCUGGGUCUGGUGUUGUCUGAACUCCUGCAGACUUCACCUGAAAACGUUCACGUCUUCUCCGUGGGUGAAGCCGGCGUCCGGGGAGAGAAAGAGUUAAACGUGUGGUUCGCGGCUCGCGGCUCGCCGUACUACAAGGCGGAGAAGCUGCACGGCUACGUCGCAGCAAACAAAGCCCAGGUGGAGGCGGUGGUGGGCGUGUCCAUCUCUCAGGUGGGCGUUGACGACUGUCCGCACACGGACUGCGCUCAGUCUGGAGGCUGCAGCACAGAGGUGACCUUCAGCCAGGCCCCGAAGGCGCUGAGCAGCGGGAACACGUCUCUGGUGUCGCUGUCGGCCAAAACCAAGGCUCGCUGCGGCUGCCGAGGGCGAGAGGCCAUCCACCUGCCCUGCUCCGCCUACCCCACCAACCCCUGCCUCAACGGGGGCACCUGCCAGGACGGACCGCUGGGAUACAGGUGUAAGUGUCCUCCCAUGUUCGAUGGUCCCGAGUGUCAGCAGACCAAACACAGCUUCGGCGGUCAGGGCUACGCCUGGUUCCCUCCCAUCAUGCCUUGCUUCCAGAGCCACAUCUCCCUGGAGUUCCUGGCGGAGUCACCGAACGGGCUGCUGCUGUACGACGGGCCGCUCGGCCCCGCCCACUCCGGGGAGCAGGAGGACUUCAUCGCAGUCGAGUUGAGAAACGGCGUUCCAGCUCUGAGCAUUAACCACGGAUCAGGAAGUCUGACUCUGCAGCUCCCUCCCAAAUCCACCGUCACCGACCGACGCUGGCACCGCCUCGACAUCAUCAGUGAUGGAAAGGUGGUGCAGCUGAUCCUGGACCAGUGUGGGGGGGCGGUGGUGAACGAGUUGGAGGGUGUCGGGGGGGAGGAUCAGGAGACGGACGAGUCGGGCUGCAGAGCUGUGGGAGAAACGCCCGGAAACCAGAAGUAUCUAAAUGUCUUUCAGCCUCUUCAGUUGGGAGGAAUGAAGGAAUCGUCUCCUCAUCGUCGUUACAGCAGCUUCACCGGCUGCAUCCGCAACCUGGUGGUGGACAGUCAGGUGUACGACCUGGCGUCCCCCGGCGAGAGCGUGGACAGCUCCCCUGGGUGCCGCCUGACAGACGGGGUGUGCGUGACGGUGGGCGGCCCCUCCUGUGGCGUGCAGGCCUCCUGCCUCGCCGACUGGGGCUCCUUCAGCUGCGAGUGUCACGCAGGAUACACGGGACACAAGUGUGACAGAGCCGCCCCGGAGUUCUCCUUCGACUCGGGCAGCGCCGUGAGGUAUCAGCUCAGAGGAGGCGGCAGCUCUCGCCGCACGCACGUCCAGCUGCUGCUCCGAACCCGAGCGCCCUCCGGCACCUUGCUCUCCGUGAUGUCCCGGGAGGCCAACGAGUACAUCGUCCUGGAGAUCGCAGAGGGUCACCUCUCCGUCCGGUCCAACCUCGGCGACGGCGCCCACGCCCUGAGGCUCCCCGGCCUGCGGGUGGACAUCGGACAGUGGGUGCAGGUCAGCCUCAGUCGCCAUGACAACCUGUACACCCUGCGGCUGGAGCAUGGCGGCGGCUCGCGGGAGGUCCGGGCCCGGCUGGGGAGCCGCAGGGAGCUCGUGGUCCACCCGGCCAGCGUGAUGGUCGGGAACAUGCCGAACGCCGGAGACACGGCCGACUUCCAGGGCUGCCUGAGGGACGUUCGGUUCAACGCUCAGCUCCUCCCUCUGGACGGGCAGAGUCGAGACUUGGUGACGGUGCUGGAGAGGCGGGGCGUCACCUCGGGGUGCUCCAGCGACGCCUGCAGCAGCCAACCGUGUCGCAGCCCUCUACGCUGCAUCGACCUGUGGAGGAAACACCAGUGCAGGUGUCCAGGCAGUCAGGUGACGGUGACGGAGGACUCCGGCGAGCAGCGGUGUGUCCCGUCUCCCUGCGGAGCGUCCUCGUGUCGUAACGGCGGCGUCUGCCAGGCGCUGUCGCCCGACAGUUACCGCUGCCGCUGUCAGGACGGGUUCAGGGGUCAGCGCUGCGAGCUGGGGCAGCUCAAAGGUCACCGGCUGGCCGCUCUCAGCCCGAGCUCCAUCCUCGCCAUCAGCAUGUGUCUGCUCGUCUUCUUCGCGGUACUGGUGGCGGUGACGGUGUGGAACCAGAAAGGCAGCCGCAACAAGUUCAGGAAGCGAGGAGUUUAUCACAUCCCCGCUGAACACGAGAGCUGGGAGGACAUCCGAGAAAACAUCCUCAACUACAACGAGGAGGGAGGGGGGGAGCAGGACCAGAACGGAUAUGACAUCACGGAGCUGAAGCGCCCGCUCUGCUCCAGUCUGUCUCAGUCGUCGUCCUGCACCACCGCCCCGCUCAUCAAGUCGUCCCCCGGCUCCCAGGAGGAGGUUCACCCGUCCGGCUCCUCCUGCAGCUCGGGCGCUCCCUACCUCAGCAUCCCCCAUCACCACCACCACCACCAUCAGCACGCCACGGGCAGCUACGCCGACUCGCCCUACGCUAACUUCACCGCUCCCGCGAGCCGGGACGUCGACCAGAGCGACGUGGGAGGUUACGUGGACGUGUCGUCGGCGUCGCGCUCUCACGUGGACUUUAAGAGCUACGUGGCGAGGAUCAUCUGGGAGGCGGACAACGACAGCGAGGCGUUCCCGACGGACGCCUAUCACGUGUGGUGCGUGGAGGGCUCGGGGUCGUCCGCGGGAAGCCUCAGCUCGCUGGGGUCGGCGGCGUCGCGUAGGAACAUUGGCUCCGCCCCCUGUGUGGAGGAGGAGGAGGAGGAUGACGGAGGGUUCGCUAACGACCGGCUGUCCCGCUGGGGACCGAAGUUUGAGGCUCUGAGCGAGAUGUACGACCGGCCGCAGCUCGCCCUCACCUACAGAGACGCUGUGGACUACAUGCAGCGCAGCCACAGCCAAGACCUGCUGCCACAUCACCACUAGAGGGCGCCACACCGAUAAACAAACAGAUUAAAGCAGACGGAGGGGGAGGCAGCGCUGCGUUCACGUCCUUCAGACACAAAAUAAAAAACAGGAGGACGAGUCCGAUCUUCUGAAGAAGGGAGUGAAUAUCUUUAAAGGAAAUAAUAUUUUUUUAUAUUUACAGAUUUCUAGAAAA